CACUUGAAGGCAGCAUAGUGUGGGGCUGGUGGGCAUGCGCACCAGCACAAUGAGGAAAAACCACUGGAAGCUGUGGAAGGUCCAGAGAAUUUAACAUAGCGUUUCUUGAAUUUUAUUUUGGUGGCUAUCUUCAGUAAUAUAUUUAUUUACACUGGUCUAGCGUCAGAUAUGGCCCGUGGGCACCAGAAGUUCCAGUCCCAGCAGAAGAAUGCCAAAAAGCAGGCCGACAUCAAGAAGAGCAAAGGCCAUGACCAGAAGGCAGCAGCUAAGGCUGCUUUAGUUUACACGUGCACUGUGUGUCGGACACAAAUGCCCGACCCGAAGACCUUUAAGCAGCACUUUGAAAGCAAACAUCCUAAGUCCUCCAUGCCCCCGGAGUUGGUCAGUGUGGAGGCGUAAUAGAUUCACCUGUCUUUCAGUGAGACAGGUGGGGCUGAUUCAGGACAGGCUUAUACACUUUAUAAUGUUUUAGAUCAGAUAUCUUCAGUACAACUUCAAUUAAUCCUCAUGCUGCCUAAUUUAGUUAUUGAGUGUUUUUAUGCAGGGGUGUUACUGGAACUGCCUGCCCAUGUUCUUUUUUCCAAAUUGUAUUUUUUUGUUUGUUACAAAGCUAUCCUCCACUAACCAGAAUUUGAUAUGGGUCCAGUACUGAAGGUAGACACACAGCAGACAGCUACCCUCUCUUGGCUUGUGCCAAACAUGUAUGUUUUUAUCUCUGAUUGUAUGCAAUAUUCUUAUCUGAUCAUUUCAAAAAUGUCAUGCGCACAAGUCCAUAGGCCCUGCCACCAUUAUACCAUGUCAGGGCUCCCACUGUUUCAAGACUUUGAUGCUUUGAAUUUAGAAGACAUUCUGAAUUGGCACCGGUUCAGCUGAACAAAGUUGUAACACUGGGAUGGAUGAUCAUUGGAAGUCAUCUGCUUCCAAAUCCAAUGAACUGUGAAACCCAUUAUGGAUUUUUUUCUGAAACUAAUUUGUGAUGUGCCAGGGUUGGGCUUAUAAUUAACAGAAUGACUUUGGAUUGUGAGAUUGGAAAGACACUUAUUCAAAACCACUCCCACUGAAUAAUGCUCUUUUGAGUAGAUUCAGAUUUCCUUUUUUUUUCCUUGCCUGGAUUAUUUUAAAAAGUUUCAAGACAGGUCUAUAAUUUUUGUUGAUAUGAAGACCAUAAUAAACAAUGUGCUACACGGGUACUGAAAUUGUGCAUUGUAUUGCAUCUCCUCAGAUAUUCAUGAAAUGUGUCUAGUUCUUGUCAACUGUGUAACUUUCUCAUGUGCAAAAGAGAAAAAGUUGACCAGAGAGGGCACUGCAAGUCUACUCAUAGCAAACCCCUCAGUGACACAAUUUCCUUAACUCCUCUUUUCAUAAAGCAAUGGCAUGACUGCAUUUAACAGUUCUUUGACACUGUUAGAAGGGGUCUGUUGAGUGAAUCGGGGUAAACAUAAGUUGGCACUGCGCAUUGUAAAUGAUAACGCUAACGAUCUGCUCCUAUCCGCCCUCUUUGUCAUUGUAAUAAUGGUAUAAUUGUAUGCAUCGCUGUAAUAUUUGAUAGUGAUUUGGCUCAUCACUAUUGUAUUUUUGCAGUGUAAUCGGUCUGACGCUGUCAUCUCAAUGUGAAAAUGAUCCCAAGUGCAGUGUCGUUUCGCUCUUUAGUGUUAAACCAUCAUGGUGGUGCAAAAGUAUUUGACUCUGAACCUACAUUUAAAGUCUACAUUACACUGUAAGAAAAGUAAAGUUAUUUUUGGUUGUUAUUUUUACAUUAGUUUCUUUUUGUAGCGUGCUAAUACACAGAAAUUUAAUUUAUACAAAAUAACUAUUUUCAAUACAUUUGGACCUACUGGUCAUUAACCACAGACACUGUAUCACUGUGCUAAAGUCUGGACUGACAACCAGCCAUGUUUUUACUUUUGUAAUAAUCAUCUCUUUGUCCAUACAAUGCUAUGUAUGACCUUAUAAUAAAGGUUUAACUUUUUCAUGAA